AUGGUAGCUAGUAAAAUAGUUCUUGCUUAUUUUACUGCUUGGUCCAUUUAUGCACGUUCAUUUUUUGUCACCGAUAUUCCAGUAGAUAAGUUAACACAUAUUAAUUAUGCAUUUGCAAAUAUUGGUUCUGAUGGACGCAUUGCUCUUGGUGAUCCAUGGGCAGAUACAGACAAGACAUUUGAUGGUGACACAUGGAAUCAACCAUUACGUGGCAAUUUUAAUCAAUUAAAUAAAUUGAAAGCAACAUAUCCAAACUUGCGUACACUUAUUUCUGUUGGUGGUUGGACAUGGUCAGGAAAAUUUUCUGAUAUAGCUCUUACCGAUCAAAGUCGAUCAAUAUUUGCUGCUUCUUGUGUUGAAUUCAUUCAGAAAUAUGGUUUUGAUGGUGUUGAUUUAGAUUGGGAAUAUCCUGUUUCUGGUGGUUUGUCAGGCAAUAUUCAGCGUCCAGAAGAUAAACAAAAUUAUGUUCUUUUAUUAAAAGAAAUUCGUCGUCAGUUGGAUGCUGUACCUAAUAAGAAAUAUUUGUUAACUGUAGCAACUGGAGCAGGUACUGAACGUAUUGGUGAUAUGGAUUUACUUGGUAUGCUUGCAUAUCUUGAUUGGUUUAAUGUUAUGACUUAUGAUUUUCAUGGUGGUUGGGAAACAAAAACAGGUCAUAAUGCUCCAUUAUAUAAAAAUAAUGAUGAAACAACAAGUGAUGUUGCUCCAUCAUAUAUCAAAUCAAGAUAUAAUUGUGAUGCAGCAAUUCAAGCUUAUAUUAGAGCUGGAGUACCUUCUACGAAAAUUCUGAUGGGUUUACCUUUGUAUGGACGUGGUUGGAAAGGAGUAACAAGCACAGCUCUUAAUGGAUUUUCUCAAACAGCAUCAAGCCAACUUCCACGUGGUACUUGGGAAAAUGGUGUCUAUGAUUAUGAUGAUUUGAAAAGAUCUUAUAUUUCAUCGAAUCAACGAUAUUGGGAUGAUCAAUCGAAAGUACCAUUUCUAUUCAAUCCAUCUACUGGUCUUUGGAUUACUUAUAAUGAUGUUCAAUCAAUUGAUAUCAAAAAUAAUUAUAUUAAACAAAAUAAUUUAGGUGGUGGAUUUUUCUGGGAAUUAAGUAGUGAUCGUCAAGCUGAACUAAUCGGCUUAACAUAUAAUGCACUAAAUAAUGGUGUUGAACCAUCAUCAACAACAGCUAGUGCAUCAUCAUCGAAUAGUCCUACUACCAUUAAUAAUGUUAAGACAACAACACAAUCGUCAACUCAAGGUAUUAUCCGUCAAUGGCAAACUAAUUAUGCAUAUUCAGUUAAUGACCUAGUAAUGUAUCAAGGUAAAAUAUAUAAAUGUCGACAAGGUCAUCGUUCACAAUUAGAUUGGAUUCCACCCGAUGUACUAGCACUCUGGUUACCGAUUUCAUCUCCAUCGACUAAUCCUACUAUCAUUGAAAGUGUAACAGCAACAACGCAACCAUCAAAUCAAGGCAAUGUUUCUCAAUGGCAAGUUGGUUAUUCAUAUUCAGUGAAUGAUUUAGUGAUGUAUCAAGGUAGAAAAUAUCAAUGUCGACAACCUCAUCGUUCACAAGCAGAUUGGACUCCACCUGAUGUACCGGCACUCUGGUUACAGAUUUAA